AUGCAGCAGCAGCAGCAACAGCUGGAGCAGCAGCAGCAGCGCAUGCAGAGGCUGCAGCACACGGAACUCAUGCAGCAGCAGCUCCAGCUCAAGCAGCAGCAGCUGCUGCUUCAGAUGGAGCAGCGCCAGCAGCAGGAACAAGAGCAGCUGCAGCAGCAGCAGCAGCUCGAAAAGCAGCACGCACAGGAGAAGCAGCAGCAGCAGCAGCAGCAGAAUAUGGGAAGCAGGGAGACAGAACUCAAAGAGGACAGCCAGACUGCAGCAGCAAAUGCAGGAAGCAGCAUCACAGAAAAUGCAGGCGAAGUCCGAGCAGCAGCAGCAGCAGCAGACAUUAGCCCCUGGCCGCCAGAUGCCGUGAAGAGAGGCAUAGUGUCAAACCAGGCGCUGCAGUACGUGCUGGACAGCGCGCGAGCUGCGCAGAUUAGAGAAAAGGGUUUGGAGGGGACUUUUGAGGAGACAGUAGAUUUGCGGGGUUGUCGAGAUGCAGCAGCAGAAGCUCCAGCAGCAGCACAGCAGCAGCAGCAGAUUCGUACGCGACUUUUUCGGUGCGGGACUUCCACUGCUCCGCAGCAGUAG